UUGGGCCUGCCGUCAGUUUGAAUCUUGCGAUUCGUCGGGACGGUUUUGCCUAGUUGUUGGUGCAGCUUCCGGAGCCGGUGUACGGCAUACGGUGGCGUUCUAGUGCGAUUCGUGUGCUUUUAGAAGCUGCUCGGAGCUAUGGUAGUGUGAGGUAGUGUGUUGCUAGUACAUUUGCAGUACAGGUUGCUUCUGGUAUGUGUUGUGUGGAGUGAACAAAAUAGCAAAAUAGGUUAGUUUGGUGAAAGUUUUAUAAUGGAGCUUUUUUUUAAGUGAUAUGUAAAACAGCGUGGCAGUGUAGACACACACACAAAAAACGGUGCAGUGCAGAAGUGAUGUUGAAACAGGGUGAAAAAUAAAAGAAAGAGAGAGAGUGAGUACAAAAAAGUGUGCCAAUCAGUCAGUGUUGAAGAAAGCUCCGUGGCAGUGUGAAGUGAAAAAAGCCAAGAGAAUGAAAAUAAAAACCUUCCCCCCGCAUGCAGCAGUCCUGUCAAGCAGUUGAAUAAUUAAUUACGCAAGAAGAAUAGCGUUCGCCAAACUGAAACGCCGUACCAGUUUAGUGAAGUGUGAUUGGGAUAGAAACGAGCCGGAAAAGGAAGGAAGUAGGUUAGUUGCUAGCUGCGAGCUUGUCAAAGCAUAAUUGGCAUUUGCUCUCGCUCGAUGGCGAUUCUGUGAAAAAGUGUUCGUGUGAGUGUAUAAGAAGAAUGCAGCUACUGUGUGUCUUGUGAGUAACCACUGCUGCCACGAUUGAUUUCUGCGAGCAAAUAACAUUUAAAAUUCCAUAAAUAAACUAGCCCCCAGGGUUUGGGCGAUUGUUUUGCGAGUGUGGUACGGGAAAACAAAACCAGAAGAAGGUUCAUCUUCUUGCCUGCGGUGCAACAUGUAACGGUGCAACGCAACGCCAUUCCGUGCUGCCUAACUGCGAAAUGUUUCCGCUGGCACGAACCAACAGCAGCAGCCCAACAAUGCACCGACGGGUGUAGCAACGUUCAGCGGGGUUGGUGUGGAGAAGUAACGCUAUCGUGCUCGGCUGCCAUUAGGAGGGCCGUCGAUCACCGUCCGUCGCUGCACAGUGUAGUGGAGUGAAAAGUACGCGCGCAGAAGGGGCCCAACCACGCACACGUCUAUGCCGUUGGCGGGCGCGUCCAAAACCAAUAAUGGAUGUACGCGGACUCGCCCAGGGCAUUCUGCUGCUGCACAUUCUCAAAGGCGUCAUUCUGCUCGAUCUCCAGGGGCCGGUGUUUUUGGCCGAACCACCGUACAAGGUAGAAUUCUCCAACAACUCUGGCGGCCUCAUCGACUGUACCGGACAUGGCAGCCCGCCACCGGAUGUCGAGUGGUCGGUAGCGACCACCAAUCACGAGCUGGUCUACACGCUGCCAAACGGAAGUCUGAUUUUUUAUCCAUUUUCUGCGGACAAAUUUCGUCACGAAGUUCACUCCACAGUGUAUAGAUGUAAAUUAAAAAACUUAGUCGGCACUAUCUUAAGCCGGGAGGUGCACGUCAAAGGAGUUGUGAACCAAAAGUACAACAUCCAGGUGCACGAUGAGUACGUGAUGUCGGGCAAUACGGCCGUUUUAAAGUGUCAGGUGCCAAGCUACAUCCAGGAUUACGUGGUAGUGACGGCCUGGGUGCAGGACUCGGGCGUUCAUCUGUACCCCAACUCGGACAUUGGCGGCAAGUACAUCGUCCUGUCGAAUGGCGAUCUGUACAUCAACAAUGCUGGGGCAAGUGAUGCGUACAAAACGUACUCGUGCCGAACUGUAAAUAGACUCACAGGUGAAAUACAAAUUUCAACAUAUCCAGGUCGAGUGAUAGUGACCGAGCCGAAGGGACUAGUACAACCUAGAAUUAACGUGGAGAAACAUUCGCUCAAGCACGUGGUGGUGAAUGCACCGGUCACGCUGCCCUGCGUCGCCCAGGGCCACCCGGUACCGACGUACCGGUGGUUCAAGGAGGUGAAGGACCAGAUCAUGCCGCUGCCGCUGAACGAGCGCAUCAGCAUCGUGUCGGCGGGCCUGCUCAAGAUCGCCAAGGCCCGGCUCGAGGACAGCGGGAAGUACCUCUGCUGGGUGAACAAUACCGCCGGCGAGGAAACGAUCCAGGUGUCGCUGACGGUGACGGCACCGCUGACCGCCCACCUGCAGCCCCAGGUACAGACGGUGGACGUCGGGAAGGAUGCCCAGUUCCAGUGCAUCAUUUCCGGCUUUCCGGCGCACGAGGUGCUGUGGAUGCACAACGGCAAACCGAUCGUGCGGGACAGCCGGAUCGAGAUCUACACCGACGUGCCGCGGAUCGUGAUCAAGAACGUGCAGAAGGAGGACCAGGGCAUGUACCAGUGCUUCGUCGCGAACGAGUGGGAGCAGAUACAGUCCACGGCGGAGCUGCAGCUUGGUGAUGCUACCCCGGAGUUGCUGUACUGGUUCUCGGAACAGACGCUCCAGCCGGGCCCGACCGUAUCGCUCAAGUGCGUGGGCACCGGUAACCCACCGCCGCAGUUCACUUGGAAGUUGGACGGUUUUCCGAUCCCCGACAGUCCCCGGUUUGUCGUCGGUCAGUACGUCACCAUCCACGACGAUGUCAUCAGUCACGUGAACAUUUCCAACGUGAAGGAAGAGGACGGUGGCGAAUAUACGUGCGUGGCGCAGAACAGCAUCGGAAGAGUGUCACACAGUGCCAAAGUGAACAUCUACGGGCUUCCAUACAUACGCGAGAUGCCGAAAAUUACGGGCAUCUCGGGGCACGACCUCAUCAUCAAGUGCCCGGUCGCCGGCUACCCGAUCGACAAGAUCCACUGGGAGCGGGACGGUCAAACACUACCCAUCAAUCGACGCCAGCGGGCCUACAACAACGGCACACUCAUCAUCGAACAGCUACAGCUGGCAGAGGACGCUGGAACGUACACCUGUAUGGCGCAGAACAAGCAGAAGCAGACGGCCCGACGCAACGUCGAGAUACAGGUGAUAGUGCCGCCCAAGAUUAUGCCCAUCCAAGCGAUGACGAACAUGCUGCGCGAAGGUAUGCGGGCAGCCAUCUCGUGCCAAAUCCUCGAGGGUGAUCUGCCAGUCAACUUUCGCUGGGAGCGCAACGGUAAACCGGUGCUUGGGACGGGCAACGAGGUGAUUCGGCGGCUGGACGAGUACAGCACGAGCCUGGUGAUCGAGCACAUUACGUCCGAGUACUCGGGGAACUAUACGUGCAUCGCGAGCAAUGUGGCGGGCAGCGAGAGCUUUACCGUGCCGCUGACGGUGAACGUGCCGCCGAAGUGGAUACUGGAGCCGAAGGAUUCGAGCGCCCAGGCCGGGCAGGACGUGGCACUGCACUGUCAGGCCGGAGGCCAUCCGCAGCCGACGGUGACGUGGAAGAAAGCGAUCGGCAACACGCCCGGGGAGUAUAAGGACUUUCUGUACGAGCCAAACGUGUCGCUGCACACGAACGGGACGCUACAGUUUCGCAAGAUCGCGAAAGAUUCGCAGGGCCACUUUCUGUGCGAGGCGAAGAACUCGAUCGGGACGGGUGUUAGCAAGGUUAUCUUCCUGAAGGUUAAUGUACCUGCCCACUUUACGACGAAAAACAAACAGAUCACCUCGCCGCGCAACAAGCAAAUCCACAUCCAGUGCAACGUGCAGGGCGACAACCCGAUCGACAUCAAGUGGAAGAUGCAGAGCUCCCAGCAGCAGCUCGACGAAUCGCUCGACAACCGGUACAACAUACGCGAGCAGGUACUGGACGACGGCAUGGUGUCCGAGCUCGGCAUCUCCCACACCUACCGGCAGGACACGGGCGUCUACAUCUGCCAGGCGUCGAACGCGUUCGGCCAGGACGAGAUGUCGAUCCAUCUCGUCAUCCAGGAGGUGCCCGAAGCGCCCAAAAACCUGCGCAUCAACUCGCAGCAGUCGCGCACGCUGCAGCUCUCCUGGAGCCAACCGUUCGCCGGCAACAGCCCGAUCGAGAAGUACAACGUGGAGUACAAGCUGGUGACGGAUUCGUGGCAGUCGGCCGAGCAUAUCACCGUCGCUGGGACGCAGACGGUCAUAACGCUGCAAAACCUGAAGCCCGCCAAAGCGUACCAUCUGCGCAUCUCGGCCGAAAACAAGCUCGGUGCGUCGGAGUACUCGGAAGUGAUACAGGUUACGACGCUGGAGGAAGUUCCCUCGGGACCGCCACUCAACAUCAAAGGAGAGCCGAAGAGUUCGACGGAAAUUUUCCUCUCAUGGGAAGCACCGGACCGGGAUCAGUGGAAUGGGAACCUUUUGGGGUACUACGUUGGCUACCAGAUCGCCGCCAGUCCCAAUGAUCGUGACAUCAAUCCGACGCAAGGCUUCAACUUCAAGACGGUUGAGGUGCGCAGUCACUUUGGUGGUGAGACAACGCUACAAAACUUGAACAAGUGCACGACGUACAAUAUUGUGGUGCAGGCGUACACCAGCCAGGGCAGUGGACCGCCGAGCAAAGAGAUAUCGCUCGGUACGCUGGAAGAUGUACCUUCGAGCGCACCCGACAGUCCAAAGUGUGAUGUGCUGAGUUCGACCUCGAUCUACAUCACCUGGUCGCCGCCACCGGUCGAUGGGCAGAAUGGAAAGAUCCGAGGCUACAAGGUAUCCUACAUUGAGAUGGACGAUCUUUACGAGAAGGAACCGUAUACAUCGAAAACGAACAAUCAGUAUCUGACGUUAGAAAACCUGAAGAAAUUCACCAACUACACGUUCUGGGUGUUGGCGUUCACCAAGGUGGGCGACGGUGUCAGAACCAAUCCGUUCCAUUGCAUCACCCAGGAGGAUGUACCGAGUGCUCCCAGUGCCCUGAAAGCAGUCCCUUCAUCCAGCACCAAGAUCAUCAUCUCCUGGCUACCACCAGCCCACCGGAAUGGUCUCAUCACCGGCUACACCUUCUACAUGCAGCUCGUCGACGGUGGCCGUGACGAGGGUACGCACAAGCGCUCCCUAGUACCGUACGCCGAAAGCCACGAAACGGUACGCUUGCAGGAGCACGCCACCUACCAGUUCUGGCUGACAGCUUCCACCAAGGUAGGGGAGGGUGAAAAGUCCGAAGUGAUCACCGUUCCUCCCAACAACAAAGUCCCAGCCCGGAUCGUUUCCUUCAGCCAGGAGAUUGUAACGCCGUGGAAGGAAACACUGAUCCUACCCUGCCGGAAGGUGGGUGUACCGGCACCCGUGACCAUCUGGCGGCAGGACGACCAGCCGAUGGAUACGGGGACGCGCAAGCUAAUUGCCAAAAACGGCACCCUCUACAUCAAGGACUGUCAGCACUCGGACGCGGGCAACUAUACGUGCAGUGUGGAGAACACCUGGGGCAGGGAUGAGAUCGUGUACCGCAUCCGGAUCCGGGUGCCACCCGAUCCACCGACACUGACGAUCGUCAACACCUACACCGACAGUCUGCUGCUCGAGUGGACGGACAAUCGGAACGGUGGCUCGCCGGUGCUCGGGUACGUGAUCAACUACAAGCGCGAGAACGGUGACUGGGAGGAGCUACAGAUCGACUCGAAAACCAACACACACCUGCUGGUGAAUCUGUGGUGCGGUACGCGCUAUCAACUCUACAUUACAGCGUACAACAAGAUAGGUACUGGAUUGCCGUGCGAUAUUGUGCACUCGCACACGAAGGGACUUCCCCCGGUACAACCAAAACAUUCACAGAUGAUAACGAACAACUCGACGAGCGUGACAUGCUGGCUCGAUUCGUGGGGUGAUGGUGGCUGUGGGAUACUGCACUUUUCGAUCGAGAACCGGCUGUAUGGACGAUCGCAGUGGAACAUGAUCGCUAGCCAUGUGGAGGCGACGGAGCGGAUCUUUACCGUGACGGAUCUGCAGCCGGCAACAAAGUAUCAGUUGCGUGUGACGGCGUACAACAAUGCCGGUGCUACGAUGGCCGUCUACAACUACACCACGCUGACUGCACAGGGAGUGAUGGUGUAUCCGGAUAUAACGAACCCAGUGUCACCGCACAUGGGUGAGAAUCCGUUCUAUGCCAAUGUGAAGGUGAUCUUGCCACUCUGUCUAUCCAUUCUGAUACUGUUCGCGCUCGUUGCUGCGGCCCUGCUCAUACGCAAACGAAAGCUAAACAACCAGAACCGCAUCCCAUCCACCUCGAUGUCGGAGUCACCGUCGAUCGCCAACAUCCAGAACAAGCACAACCGGGACCAGCAGUACCUAGCAGUGCGGGCUCAGCAAGCGAGCCGGAACAGUAACUCCGUUGACUCGGGCAGCUACAAAGCCGAGGGAAAUGAGUAUAUUGAAGACAUUUGCCCGUAUGCAACCUUUCAGCUGAACAAGCAAACGUACAGCGAAAGUUCAUACAGUGGAAAUGUCUACAGUGGACCAUAUCACUCGGUAAGAGGAUCAUUUGUGUAUCAUGAUGUUAAAACCGAAAGCUAUCAUAACAAAGAGCCCGAAUACACGAAAGUGCGCAGAAAGGGCGGAUCUCGGCUCCGAGAUCCGGCCACCUCGGAACCAAUAGAUAUAAAUCAAUUUAUAGAAUCAGACAAUCCCGGAUCCACAGAUUCCGAAGUUAGGAAGAUACUAACACUUCAUAUACCGAUUACAGAAUAUGAUACACUCGGUUCCGAAUCUGACAACGAUAUUGCCUCGCGCUCCAACCAGUCCAACUACCGUCACCAUCGUGACACGCAAGACGAAACGUCUUCGUCUAGCGAAAACUCUCCCUCGAGCAUAUCGAGAAAAUCCAAACCACCCUAUCCACCGAGAAAGUCUGCCAAAGCACAGUCGCAGAACCUACCGAAGCGGCAUGUGCGUAGCUCUAGCGGGUACUCUAGCCACAACGAAGAAACUACUUUCAGUAUAUCGAACUAUCCCAACUAUUCCGAUCACAUAACACCGCCGGCCCGGUUUUCGGAUCUGCUCGGGCGGGACGCCACGCUCGCAGUGUCGUCCGUGAACCCAUCCAGCCUGGGCAGCGCGACCGAGAUCGGUAGCAACGUGGUGGGCAAAAAGUCGAGCAACCAUUCGCCCCGGCCCCGUGCCGGCCAGAAACUGCAGCGUGAAGCGUUUCAGAUAAAUGUGUAAAAAUGUGCGACGACCCGCGGCGAGGUUGAAGUCGUCCUCGAUCGCAUCAUUCCACAACGAUCCACAAAGGACUGAAUGAAGGGGGGAGGGACGUUAGUGUUUAGUGUGCCCGGGCGAUCUUCCCCUUUCACGAAUACCAAAGACAUUGUGUGUGGAUCGUUUCUACACAUGUGUCCGCACAUAAUCAACGGCUGCCGGCCACGUGAGCAGUGAGUUCACCCCCAACACGCAUGCCAAAACACAUUGUACUGAACGACAGCCAUCAUCAUGCGCCCUUUCGGAGAAUGCGAACGUUUUAUACGUAUAUUUUUUAUAGACUAACUAACUUCGCUGCAUCGCGCAAGCAAAAGGGCACGAUCUCACACCAAUGCAUGCACUGGAAAUAAUUUUGCUUUACAACAAAAACAACCAACAAACAAAACUCAUAUAGUCAAAUCCCAAAAGGAAAAGAAAACCUAAAUGAAUAAGAGAAUUGAACAAAAACAAAAUUGGAAAACAAGAGAGCAGCGCAAACACACAAAGAAAAAUAAUCAGAAAAGCACAACAAAAAAGUAAGAAAGAAAUACAAAGCGAGUAAGAGAAGAGCAUACAAAAUAAAAGACAAAAAAGAAAAGACAGACAAAAAAGGCAAACACACAAGCGCUAGCAAAAUUGAUAGUAAAAUAAACCAACACAAGACCAUUACAAAGCAUACCAAAACCCAGCAUAAAACGAGAAAAUGAUAAGAUGAAAUAAGAAAAUAAGAGACAUAGCGAAAACUUCCCCUAAUUAGAUAGUAUUGUUGCCAAAAGAGGAGGCAAAAACAAGGGCAAAACAAAUUGAUUAGAACUUAACACACACACAAAAACGAGGCCCUUACACUCUAAAAGAGGCGUAGACUAAUCGAAGGAAGAAUGGAAUGGAUCUUUCUCUCAACCACACUCUUAACUGAUCGGCUUAACGUUACUCCCAAAACGCCUCUUCAUUGCGUACUGUUACGUUUGUGAAACUCUCUUCCGUAUAGUUUACUGCGCAGCGCGUGCGUCUGUCUGUCCACCAAUCCUUCCACAGGUGGUUGCCAAAACUGGACCAAAGCCAUCAAUCACCGGCUCCGGGUGAAUAGUAACUUUUUUCCCCCUGUAUAUCCGUUUGUAGGUUACAUCCAAUUUUACAAUUUUGCUAUUUGUUACUGGGAAGUAGAUGAUGAGAUAUGGAGGGAAAGGAGAGAGGAGGGUUACAUGUUUACAGGGUUGCUCAACUACUGCGCGAAGAGCAUAAAGCGUUGAACAAAAAGCUUCCAGUUAAAGUCCCACACACGUGGUACCAAAAGUGAACAACACACACACAGGCACACAGACACACAAGAGAGAAAAACGGAUCAUUCACGCUUGUUACGAAGAGCACUUGUUAAGAAUUGGUAACAAUUGAGCCCUUUAAAAGGGUAGUAAAGAAGAGGGAACCCUACCAAACAAUCAAGUUGAUCGAAUCGGAGGGUCUUACUGUGUAGAAGUUAAGAGCGGAACCCCAUAAAAAGCUGGCAAAGAUGGCAAAGCGUACUUCCUUUUUUUUGUUUUAAAUAGUGUUUAAAAAAUGACACUUUCUUAAACAACAUUCACUGUGUAUAUAAUGAAAUCGAAUUGAAUAACGAACCACACGAAACAGCGAACUAAAAACAAAAAACACGGACAACGGCACGAUAAACCCAAGAACAUGCAAGCAUAGAACAUUGUUUUUUGGUUGUCUUCUUUUAGUUUUUGAACAUUUUUACCAUUUUAGCAGUGCCUUGUACCAUCAAUAGAGAGAUACGCUCAUUGCUUCUCGCUGCAUUGCAUACGAUGCACUUCCAAAUUGUAGCUCAAGCCCUUAUUCUUCCGUGUCUUGUGACAAGUUUAACGAAUUUUCUUUCAAAUUAAUUACAAAAAAAUGCAUACUAGCUUCUUUACAUUGAAGCUUUUGACAUUGCUAUGCCUCAUAUUGAGUAGGAAAGCAUCUCCAACAAUAACAUAUCCGCGCUGAGUGUAUUAACUCAAACAUUCAAAUUAAACCAUUUCUUUUGUGCGUUAUUUCGUUCACUUUCUUUAACAAAGCUAAUGUAUUCGCGAGCCAACAAAGCAAGUGUUUGCACGGUUAAGACAUAAACUAAAAUAGAUAAACCCUACACCUUCCAACAAAAGACAUACACAAACUAACAAACACCUAGAACUCCGUGAAGUACUAAGUACCCCGUGUUAGGCUGUAAGUGUUGGGCCCAUGUUGGGCGGUAAUUAAGCAGUCCGUCGCAUUGCCGGCCUCGAUGCGUGUAUGCAAAAGCCCUAGCCCUAAACCGUAAACGUAAAUGAAGUAAACCAAUGAGACAAUAUCGAAUGAACCCAUUCCAGGUGUGUGUGUGUGCAUGUGUAGCAGCAAGAAAAAAAACGGGCGGCAGUAUUACCGAUCCCGUUUUCUUUUUGCGUGCGCGAAUCUGUUUCGUUAAGUUGCUGAGCGCGUGUUUUCGUUUCGCAAAAGAGAGAGAGAGAGAGAAAAAACGAACCGAACAAAACAGAUACAUGUUAUAUUUGUACAUAUAUAUUUAUAGAACGAAAUGAAUGGCAGAGCGUGUAGAGGAAAGGGAUAUUAAAUAGAAGGGGCGAAACGUUUAGGGCCAGGUGUAGCUGGCGCGCUGGCAGUACUGGCCACUGCACUGGAUAAACUGUCAUGUCUUGUGAUUUGGGGCCUGUUUAUGGAAAGGAUUUGGUUACCCACUCAUCAUAGUCCCUCUCUCUUAAAGCAAGUCGUAACAUAAUACGCCAAAAACACAGAAACCAAACAGAAAUAUUACAAUAAACAGAUUGCCAACCUCAGCAAAAGAGUCUGCUCUACACACAACCGACUAUAACCAUUGAACGCUAGCGAAAGCGAAAAUAAAGAAUAAACAUUUAGGGAUUUUUCUCUUCUGUUUUUUGCCCCUCAUACAUACGCCUAAUAAAACACACACACACUCAUGAUCACAUCAUCGUCAUAUGUAACGUAAGACAGAAAACUAAACUCUCAUUUCCUGGCAUAACUACUGUUGGCAAGCGUAAACUACAAAUGUAGCUCCAGAUGGAUAAAAUAAGAGAAAACUAAACACACAUCGUACAUGUACCAUCACUAUACACGGAAGUAAUAGAGACCUUCAUAUUAAGGACAACAUGACCGAUUCAAAGUACACAAAAAAACUAAGCGAACCAAAAAAUAAACAAAGAAAGGCGUAUUUCGUUUCCCUCUUCCUGUGAAGCCAAAACUAUGUAAGACAAAUUGAACAGUCGAUUUUAAUGAAGCAUUGUAACAAAAACUACACAAAUGGAACAAUAGAACGAAUAUCAAUCGAAAGGAAGGAAAGAGAUAAAAUAAAGCACGAAACAAACAAAACACACUGAAUGAAACAACCAAACGAAACGAAACAA